UGACAUUUAACCACAAGAUUUAAUGGAAAAUAUGCCGGUGUAAAUACCAGUAAUUAAUAGGUGAUUCUAACAGGUGUUACUGGAUACUUUUUUUAGAGAAAUUGUAGAAAGAAAAAACCAAAAGAAGAGAACAAGAAUGGACAAAGAAGGUCGUUCUAUUAGGUGUGAACACUGUAAUGUUGAAGUGACUUCUGUUGAAGAAUUCAAAAUGCACAAAUAUGACUGCAAAAUGAACCAAGAAAGAGGAGAAAAUACAGCAGAUCGUAAAAGAAACAGCGAAAGCGAUGACGGAAUCCAAAAGCAUGAAGAUGAUUUGCAGGAUAUAGAUUGUUCGACUAAUUGUGAUCAUUGUCAACAGGACUUCGAGUCAAGAGGCGAAAUGAUACGUCAUCAGAUUUCCCAUUUAACGAUGAGAAAAUACGGAUGCGAGAACUGCGAUAAAAUUUUUACAGAUCCUAGUAAUCUUCAACGUCACAUCCGGUCACAGCAUGUCGGAGCAAGAUGUCAUACAUGUACAGACUGUGGAAAAACAUUUGCAACUUCUAGUGGAUUAAAGCAACAUCAGCAUAUACAUAGCACUAUUAAACCUUUCCAAUGUGAAGUUUGCUUUAAAGCAUACACGCAAUUUUCUAACUUAUGUCGCCAUAAGAGGAUGCACGCUGAUUGUAGACAACAAAUCAAAUGUAAGGACUGUCAUCAGUCAUUUUCUACAGUCACAUCACUGAGUAAACAUAAACGAUUCUGCGAGGGAGCUUUACGAAGUGGACUUAAUAUUGGAAUGAGUCGAGAGCCAUAUCAUCGAAUGGGAACUUCUGAUAUUUUAACUCCACACGUGCAAACUAAUCCACUAGCAAUGCUUCGUUCUCAUUUUCCAUAUUAUCCACAUCUUCAAGGCAUGUCACAGCUAUUUCCAAACACGGCAUGUUCUUCUUUUCAUAGGUAUGGCCUUCCAUUUCCACAAGACAUUCCUAAUCCUCAGAAAUCACCGGUGUUGAAUUUAUUUGCAGCAAAUGAAGAAAAUUUGAAAGUUGGUAUGAAACGUGAGAGGAAACAUUCGCUUGGUGAUUCCCCUUCAAGUUCUAUAAGUGAUAGAGAUAGUUUGACUUCUAAUGAUGAUGAAAGGGAUUAUCAUCUUCCAAAGCAAGCAAAGUACGAAGAGAAAAAAGAAGUUCUCAUCAACAAGUCACCAUCUCAACCACAUAUUUAUGCGCCUAUCCCUAAGAUUCCAACACCGCUUGUUCUUCCAGUUUACAGGUCAGAUACAAAGAACACCAAAGUUCCUUCUUUCAAUGAAUAUCAUUCAUCUUCAUUUUCGAAAGUAAAAUCUGAUCGAGGACUUGACAAUCUCCAUGGUAAUAAGUCUGUAACCGAACAACCAUUGGACCUAACAAGAAAAACCAGCAAACAAAUAAAAGAGCCGGAUUCUAACGUUGAAUCCAUUAAGAAAACGCAUAUAUUUGGGAGAAGUGAUGAGCACAAUUCACCAUUUAAAACUAACAUUCAAUUGAACUCAAAUAUGGAUACCAAAUCACGAUUGUUUGAAAAACAGAUGCAACCAAGUCCGUUCAACGAUCAAGUACGAUCAUUCAAUGAUAUGUAUUUUCCACGAUUUCCAUUUUUUGGCUCACAGCACCUUCCCUUCAAUCCGUUCAUUCACCAUGUUAUCCGACCAGAUUUGAUAGACAAGCAAAUGGCCUCAAAUCGUUUUAAUGAACAUUUACAAUUCAUGACAUCCGUAAAUAAAAUCAAAGAAAGAUACUCCUGCAAAUUUUGCGGAAAGGUUUUCCCGCGUUCCGCAAAUUUGACCCGUCAUUUGAGGACCCAUACCGGAGAACAACCGUAUAAGUGUAAAUAUUGUGAAAGGUCCUUCAGUAUCUCAUCCAAUCUUCAAAGACAUGUUCGGAACAUUCACAACAAAGAAAAGCCGUACAGAUGUCCCCUCUGCGAUAGAUGCUUUGGUCAACAAACAAAUCUUGACCGUCAUCUUAAAAAACACGAAACGGAAGGACCCAUAGUGCAUGACUCACCGGAUCCGGAAGCCGACGAAAAGCGCGAGCAGGGCAAUACACAAUGGGAUAUAAAAGAGGAGGAGUUAAAUGACAUUUCAGAUACGAACUCAAUACCUUCAUCUGUUGAAGAUGACCAUGACGGUGUCCUGUCAGAAAAUUGCGAAAAAGAUUUGAAUGACUCAUUAAAAAAGGAUCUUGAGAGAACUGACAGGGUGAAAACCGAAUUAAAUGAAAAGGUCGAUGAACAUUUGUUUCCAAGUAGUUUGCUUGUAAAUGCAAAAUUUGACUUUUCCAAAAGCUUUAGACCAGUGCCAUGCUUUACAUAAUUGUUAGUUUUUGAAAUAUUCGUGUAAUUUAGUGCAAUUUGUUUUAUUAUAAAUCUGUUCAAUGAAUUCAUAAUCUUGAGAUAUACAAUAGUUCCAUUUUUUGUAAUAUUGAACAUUUUGUUCUUUUAUGCCAGUGUUUAUUAGUCUAAAGUCUAAAUGAAAUUUUAUCAUACAAACGACGGAAGCAAACAAGUGCUUUUUAUUAUUCUUAUCAAUGCUUAUAGUCUUUGUAUGCAUAUUUAUUUAAAAUGCAAUAUGUUUUUGUUCAAUUUCUUGAAAUAUGGUGGCAAACACCAUAACCUUUCAAAUGCCUGAAUACAAAUAGUAUUAAUAUUGGAAGUUCUUCGUUUAAUAAAUCAGCUUGCGGGUGUAAAAGUACUUCUACCACCGCUUGUAUUUCCCCUUUUGGUUACAUAUUUCUGAUCAAUUGUUUCUCAGUCGUCUAGUAAGCUUAAAAUCAUAAAAUUUUGCACAAAGAUGAGAUGUUUUUAAAAUGAAAUUUUAUUUAGUUAAAUUUCAAAUGCUAAUGAAAACAGUUUUUUUUAUAAUGUAUACAUUGCUUAUAAAAUCAAAACAUUAGGUGUGUUCAAAACUGACGUCUUUUGUAAUUAUGCAUAAUGUCUUUACUGAGUUUUAUUUUUUAUCUAUGAAUAUUUGUUGUUUUUUAUUUGUUAGUUAGUGCUAAACAUUCUGGUGCCUAGAUAUUUGAUUUUACUGUCUCUUUAAUUUAUUAUAUUAUCAAUAAAACGUUAUAAUUUG